AUGGAAAACAAGAACAAAGACAACAACAACAGUGAAAUUAUGGUAUCAAAUUCUGAAGGAGUCUUUCAUGGUUUCUCUCCCCAAAGGAAGACUAAGGAAGAAAAGGGUUUCGAUUUAAAUGAACCCUUAAUGGAUACAAGACUUGAGGCUUCUCCUCCUCGUAUUGAUAUCAAUAUGGUUCCAGACUCUGAGAUGGGAGAAUUUGAAGACCAAUCUGCUUGUGGCAUGCAGAUGGGAGAAUUUGAAGACCAAUCCGAAGGGCAUGCUAGGAAAGAUAGUGAACAAGUGCAUUCGUCCAAUGAUGCGAAAAGGGUCAAGCUUAAUAUUGAUCUUAAUGCUAAAAUGGGUGAUGCUGAAGCGCCAAUUUGUUGUUCUGAGGAAACACAUUCGUUUGACUUGGAGGUGAAUCCAGAUCUUCCUCAUACAGUCUCAAACAAUAUUGGUAACGAAGAGGAAGCCACUCAAGAAAACUUGUCACCUCAAGAGGAUGCUGUUGAUGAUGGAGCUGAGUCUGGAAGAAGGAAGAGAAAGAGAACGGAGGAAAAUACUUCUAGGGGAAUCCGUGAGCCAAGAGUUGUAGUGCAAAUUGAGAGCGAAGCGACCGUACUGGCUGAUGGUUAUCGCUGGCGCAAGUAUGGACAGAAGGUUAUCAAGGGAAAUCCAAACCCUAGGAGCUACUACAAAUGCACAACUGCUGGAUGCUCCGUAAGGAAGCACGUGGAAAGGGAUUCACGCAAUUUGAAAUAUGUAACUACUACUUAUGAGGGAAGACACAAUCAUGGAUUGCCACCUCCUAAAAACAAAAAUCAGCAAGUUGAUAAUAAUGAUGGUGGUGGUGUUGGCGGUAAUGCUCUGGUGACUAUUGCAUUACCUGGAAAUAUCGGUGUCUCGAAACCUAAAGCUCAAGGGCAAACUGGGGCACCUAGUUUUCACACAAACCCUGGAUUUAACAAUGAGUUUCUGAGGACCGGUUUUGAAAGCUUCAACAAUGACAUGAAUAUUGGGUCUUCCUCCACCCACCAAAUGUCCUCUUCUUCCUUGAAUAAUAGUAACAUCAUUCCUUAUAGCUCCUAUGGACUUAGUCUUAACCCUUUUGCUACCCCUCAUGCUGAAUCUAUUCCCUCACUGUUUCCUGAACGUCCAAUGUCAUCACUACUUGAUGUUCCUUCUUCUUCUUCUUCUCAGCCUAGACUUAAUUUUAAUGGGUCUAAUCCAGGGUUUCCUUUCAGGGCAACAACAGAUGAAAGAGACUGGUACUGGGUUCCUGAGGCUUAA